AGAGAAUAAACGAGUAGAGUUGAGAUUUCUCUCAAAAACCAAGACUUCGUCUUGAGGUGCUUAGGCAUUGAGUAUUUGAGGUAAUACUCUGGAGACACUCUUAUCCCCUACCAAAAAUACCACACAACAAAAUCAUCAGACCUACAAAAAAUUCCUAAACAUAACUCCAACGAUCAUCUCCAGCAUUCUUCACAUAGCAUCACCAUGAAGACGCUAAGUAACAAGGAAUCAAACCAUUUCAACUAACAAGAAUCAGGUAUGUCUGACAACCCUAGUGCUAGUAAAAAUCAUUUUGAUGAUUUAAACAAGAAUGAAGAAGAAAAUUAUUUCUUGGAUGGUAUCGUAGAUAUAAAAAAAAUAAAAGAGCAAACUAAUUUUAGUUUAUGAGAAACCCAAAAUUUCAUCAGUCAUUUUUAUCUAAAUUAUUUGAUAGAAAAAAUAUAAUUAAAUAUGGAAAGAUGAUAGGAGAAACAACUAUACCAAUUGAACAGACCAAAUGAGACUUUCUAAUCCAAACAAUAAAUAAGGAACAAAUUAUAAAAAAGUUAUCAAAACUACAACAGGAAGAAAGAAAUAAAAUAUCUUAUAUUCAUAUUAGUACGAUACAAAUUAUUUUUAAAUCAACAAUGAAAACAUGAAUAAGUGCGCCAAUAGAACUAGAAAUAAGAGAUGACAGACUCAUUAACAAUGAAUAAAGCAUAAUAGCAAAAGACAAGGAAAUUUAGGAGUACGAAUAAUUAAAUUUGAUAUUAAUUUACAACAAGGUUUAAGUCUAACAGACGGAAAUCUUGAUUCCUCAAUAAUUAUAAAAUAUGAACAAAAAAGAGGCAAUUUUAUAAGAGAAAAUAAUAAACCAUUUUCAGUAACAUAUCAAAUAAACUACACUUUGACCAAUAGUCAUCAUAGUUUAACAUUUAAGGAUAAAUAAGUAAUUACCAUAGAAGAAUUAUUUAAACCACUAAUACAUUUAGAAUCCCCUAUUAAAAUAAUUAAAUCAGACUAUAGUAAUCCAAGAAUUAGUAUCGACGAACGACAUCCCUCUAGAAGAAUAACAAACAAGUUAAAAGAAGAAGAACAAGAAGAAAAAGAAGAGAUAAGGAAUAUUACGAUACUUCAUCAAUAUGACGACAAUAGUGAAAUAAAGAAACUACAAGAACUAAUCUUAGAAUUAAAAGAUAAGAUAUAAAUACUAUAAUGCCUAAUACUCACCAUAUAAAUAAACUAAUAGAAGGAAUAGACGCUAUCGAUCUUACUUCAAUAAACGAUAUCACUAUGGUUACACUAGAACUAUCAUACUUUGUUUCAGAUAUUGUGGAAGAACAAAUGAGUAUCGGAACUACGGAAACAUUAGAGGAAGUUUUUUCAAAAACCGAAUUAAUUACUGAUAUAAUAACUAGUCUAACUAAAAUAAAAUAAAAACUAAUGAAUAAUUAAAACUUAGUAACAAUUAGUAGGGAAACUGAAAUCUAUCUGCAAAACAAAAAAUUAUCAAUUGAACCAUGUCACUAUCUCCUUUCAUAAGGAAUAUAACAAAAAACUAAAGAAAAGAAAAGCUACGUGAAAAACCAUGCAUAUCACUUGUUUGGAAUCAAAUUCUUUGACAAGACUAUUAAAAUAUUAUAUGAGGAUAUGUCAAUUUGGAAUAAAAAAAUAUGCAGAAAACUUUGGUAUCACAGCCUACAAACCCAACCAAGUUAACCAACCCAAGAAUAAGAAUAAAGAAUCAAAAACUAAAAUGAGAAAUGACAAAAUUGUGCAACCCGAUUUAACCCAACGGGCUCACUUUGACACCCCCUACAUGAAAUAGCCUAACUAUUUUAUUUGUGGCCCUUACCACCAGCUAUACAGCUCUUACAAUUUUAAUUAUUUAUUUCUAGUUUUUCUACAUCCAUGAAAUCUACUUUCAAUUUCAUAUGGUGGGCCCCAUUCACAUUUAUAAUACAUCAAAUAAUUUGUAUACUCUCUAACCAAUUAAAGUGGGCCCACUUUGCCUCUUCCAUAUUGAAUUUCAUCUAAUGAAAUCUUUCCAAGAUGAAAUAACAUGCUACAACCAUGAAAAUGGUAAUGGAAUCGCCAUGUCACAAUGAAAUGGGGAAAAGACACCCAUUGUGGAUGCUCUAAGAAGCUUUACACAAUUUUUGCAGUUAAGUUUUUUAAUUCAUUUUCUUUUUCAAUAAAUUAAUAAUUAAUAAAGAAAUAUUUAUGUAGUAUGGUCAAAAAGUUGACUCCUUGCUAUGUCAGUAAUAAAUUUGCCACGUCACAGUCAACUAACCAUUGACAGGACGGGAAGUUAACGGUUUGGCUAUUAUAUUGUUUUCGAAAAGGUUUGGCUAUUAUUUUGUUUAAAAUGAAAUGUUGGACUAUUAUAUUGUAUUUACCUUAUAAUCUUUGGUACCAUCGAGCUCUACCACCAUGAUACACUAUAUAAAAAAAAUGACUCGUUAAUAUUUUAUUUUUUUGCUCUAAAGUAUAUAAAAUUUGAAGUAAUUUGUAGAGCAUAAUUAACAUUACUUUUCCAACAAAUUUUGAAAUUCAAGAUAAAACAAAUUAAAUAUAGCUGUUAUCGGAGAAUAGUGAUGCAUGAGUAACCUUAGGUUACUUAGAGAAUAUGCUCCCUGCUUUUUUUUAUAAUGGUGAAAAUGCAUUGAAAGAAAGGAAGGAACGGUACAAACAGAAGCAAAGCCUUCUUCACCAGAAGUGAAGGAAAGGCAACAAGUCCUGACAAAAAAGAUAAAAAAAAGAACAACAAAUCAUGUGUAGUGCCCCGUAGACAAUCCAAUCGAGGUUAACCGGAUAGCUGCAACUCCAUCGCCUAAUACUGCUUAGGAUGCCACCCGAGUGAAUCGAUAUACUGUUGCAAGCCCUCCUAAUAGCCUCCUAGAUUUCCUUAGUGAAGUCACACUCAAUGAACAGGUGAUUUAUGGAUUCCUCAGCUUUGAAGCACAAGAUACACCGGUUGGCAAGAACCCAUCCUCGCCUCAGCAGGUUCUCAAGAGCAAGGAUGUUCCUAUGCGCCUCUGCAGGUGGUUUAUGGGUUCCUAGCCCUCCCUGCUAUGAUGAGUAGAUCUUAGGAAAAGUGGUGCCAAUGUCUAUUAGCCCAUUUGGUUGCAUUCUUUCGAAAAUUUGAUAUACAUCAUACAUUAAGCUAAACUAGGGAAACUAUGUUGUCAUUUCAAAUUUAGAAAGUUACUUUUGGUAAUUUUAUUUCUCUGAUGUUUUAUUAAAUUCAUAUUGGACCGGCCAGUUCAGCUGGAAAUUACUAGACCUAGACCCAAAUCCAGUCCGAGGAUUUAAUUGCCAAACCGACGAUCAAAACUGCCAAAUUAUUUUUUUAUUUUUUAAUAGAAAAAGGUAUGUUUGUGCUAGGACUUAGGUUUAUGCACCCUUCUAUAACUAAACUUAGAAUUAUAAAUUAAAUUAGGCCCAGGAAAUUAAUAUAUAAUAAGGGUUGAGAAUUAAAGAUUUUUUUUAUAUUUUUUCUAAUUUUUUUAAUCGUUUCUUAUCUUUUUCGUUCUAACUUGGAUUUUAAAAAAAUUUGCACAGAUGGAACGAGUUCGUCUUACUCUACAAAAUGAGUUCCAUUUUUAAUAUCUUUUUUCAAAAAACAUUUCAUACCUCUUGUUACCAACUCCAUACUAUAUGGUAUCUCCUUCAUUUUUAAGUCAAUUUUUACAAUAUCUGCACAGAAGGAACGAGUUCAUCAUGAUCUAUUGAAUCUACAAAUUUAUUGGGGGGGGGGGGGGGAAUACAUGAUAUCGUUUUGAAGAAUACAAUUAACCUUAUUUAUUUGUGCAAAAUAAAUUAAAAUUCUGACUUAAAACGAGAGAGAAAUCGUCUGUUAAAAAUUAAAGAAGAAAAUAUUAGAGGCUUUCCAUAAGUGGCAGGAGGUGCUGAUGUGGCGGCUGGUAAUUAGAUUAUGCAUGGUUACUGACCAGAUCCGAUCCUUAGAUGAGCACAAAAAUUUCCGACCGACUAGACUACAUGUAAUUAGGUUUUUUAUAGAGGAAUUUUACAAUGCUAUAUAGCAUUGGUGCUAUAGGUUUUUGCCUUUAUGGUAUAACUUGAAGUGUUACCUUUAACGUUAUGGUACAAUUUCAGAUUGUACCUAUACUAUUGGUACAAAUUUUUUAAUGGUACAAUUUGAACUUGUACCUUUAUGUGAUGUACAACUUUAAGCUGUAAAGUUGUACCAUAACAUAAGGGUACAAAUUCCUUUAUGGUACAACCUGAACUUAUACAUUUAGUGUUAUGAUACAACUUCAAGUUGUACAUUAAAGCACCAAUGCUUUAUAGCAUAUUAGAAGUGCUCUUUUUUAUAAGUAGGAAGUUAUAUAUCUUAUUAACCUGUUUAAACUUGAACAAGUAUCGAGAAAGUACCAUAAUCAGCGAAAUGAGCUACAACAUACUUGUCGGAAUUACUUGGAUAUUAGAGGUGCAAUAGCGUUCGGGAACAAAUCAGGUCAGUAACCUUAUGAUGAGUAACCAUGAGUAACCCGUCCACAUCAGCUUGCCAUCAACAUCACUCUCUCUCCUAGAAAGCCUUUAAUUUCCCCCUCCUUAAUUUUUGACGGACGAUUUCUCACUCGUUUUAAGUCGAAAUUUAAUUUUUUUCACAGUUAGAUAAGAUUAAUUGUGCUCUUCAAAAUGAUAUCUACUUUGAUAUAUUUUUGGAACAAAAAAAAUUAAGCCAUUUUUUACCAGUCUAUACCCUAUGGUAUUGACUGGUAUUGAAAUAAGAGCAUAUAUAUGGUUUGAAAAGCGUACCAUGGUGUUAUGAACAAACCAAGACUAUAGGAUGGUUGAAUACAUGAUAGUAGAAGUAUAUUAACUUUAUUUAUGACUUUUAACAUUGUGUUCCACAAGGUACCACCCCGUAAUUUGUGGUAUUUUGUGGUAUUUUUCGGUCCUGUAAUUUGUUCGUCCAGAAAUUUGUAGAUCCAAUAGAUCAUGAAUGAACUCGUUCCUUAUGUGAAAAUGUUUUCAAAAACGAAUUAAAAAUGAAGAAGAUAAAAUAUGGUUUGCAGUUGGUACCAAGAGACAAGAAUUUUUUCUCAAAAAAUAUUGAAAAUGGAUAUCGUUUUGUAUAGCACAACGAACUCGUUCCAUCUGUGCAAAAAAAAUAAAUUGAAAUCCGAGUUAAAACGAAGAAGAUAUGAGCCGAUUAAGAAAACAAGGGAAAAUAAAAAUGACAUUUAAUUCUCCAUAUUUAGAUCUAGAUCUUCUGAAUGGAGGGUCCAGAUUUAGUUAUUGAUGGGUGCAUAACCCACCCUAUCAUGCGCCAUAGCGUUCAGCUUAUGGCGAGAACUAGUCAGUUUGGACUUGAUGCAUUAUCAUUCUCGGCGGCCAAUUAUCAUUAUUAUUAUUAUUAUUAUUUUAUGAAUCAGUUUUAGAUAUUAUUUAGGAAUCGUACUAUUUAGUUAAGUAUUUAUGGUAGUUUAUUUAGGAUUAAGUUACCCUAUCCUUUUAGGAUUGGUAAGUGAUUAGGUUUUCCAAUUCUCCUGUAAAUAUGUACUUGGUUUCUACGUUUUAAUCAGUCAUUGAAGAAUAAAAACCUUAAUCGCAUCUCUUUAGUUUUCUAGUUCUUACAAUUUACGUGAUGGACCAAACCGUCGUCCAUCAAUUGGUAUCAGAGCCUGGUUUGAAAGAAUUGAACUCUUACCAGCUCCUAGGGCAGACAUCGUCGACGUUCAACCACCAACGUCAGAUAGAGGUCCUACGCGCAACCACGCUCCGCAACGACAAGGUGGAAGGAUCGCCUACUGAGGCGCCAACAGCGAAGAAGCUAAUCCUAGCUUUGCUAUUCGAGAUCCACAAACUGCCGGAUAAACCUCCCAUGUCGAUCAAUGCCGAGGUCUCUUUCUCUACUGUUAUCGGAGAUCGGAACUCAGCAACCCUCCGACUCGACACAACAAUCUAUCGAGAACCCGUGGUCUCCCUAAUCGAUGGUUUUUUGACGCAAAACUUCAUAAGCCUCAACGUCGCCAAGGGUUUGGCCUUGCGGGCUACACCCAUUCCUCAGUUCAAGGUCAAGACAGCAAACGGGGAAUUCUUGGUUUGUGAGCGCUGUUACGAGACCGUUCCGAUUUACGUACAAGGUGUAUGGCAUGAAGUAAACUCGUACGAACUUCCGAUUCGUGAGGUUGACCUCGUCCUUGACAGGGAGUGGCUCAAACAAGUGGCAAUGGUAAUAAUGGAUUGGGAAAAUUCAGUCAUGAGUUUCUGGUGUAAUGACGUAUGGGUCAACGUGCGAAGCUUUUGCGAGGCCACUAAGAGGAUUGUGGAGUUCAAGAAGCUUCAACAAGAGCGUGAUCGACGACGUCGUCAAGCAGGUCUGACUACUCUAGCACUGUCGAACGGUCUUGUGGCUGGAAGCUCUGCAUCGCCGCGAUCGAUGGCGGUCAUUCCUGAAAGAUGGAGGCGCUCCUAUCGUAGGAAGAAGAGGAAGAAAGGACGCGAAACUGUUGCCCCGGAUGUCGUACAGACUACACACCCGACGUCAGGAAUAGCUUUUGUUCGGGCGCUGCCGUCUCCAAAGAAACAAAAGACCGCCGCUGCCGAGAAGCUUCUAGUUGCCCCGUCAUCACCGCCGUUGUUAACUUUGCAGGAGGUCCCAGCUGUUGUGGUCGUCGCUGCUGCAAGUACUGUUGCCGCUGCCGAUUCCUGGCGUAGCCGCACCACUACCGUGGAGCUUGAAGUUUCCAAGCCAUCACCGCCAUUGGUGGAGCUGCUAUAUGCCCCGCCUGCCAUCAUGGAUGCUGAAACGAGUUCUUUUGAGCUACUCCAAGCCAACUGGAAAUAUCGGAAGAAGCAGCUAAAAGGCGGUGACCGCCAAGCGAUCACGGAGAACAGUUGUUCAGUUUACGGCUGUAUCGGCCUGGAUAUGGGAGGAUUGGUUGGCAAAUUGCUGGACAACAUCGAUUCGAUGCAUUCUGAGGAUGGUUCCCGUGAGAGGAUCACCAUUCCCUUCGGCUGCUACAAGUAUGGGGUGAAGAUGAAGGAUGGAUCAUACCCGAAAUUUGAGGCAAGAAGGUUGAAGGGAAGGUACGUGGGUGGUGGAAGAGUAGAAACAAGAUCGCCGCUGUCAACUUUGAUCCUCAUCGAAAUUCUUGGUCAAUACCUGCCGAGGGAGGUCGUACAGGACGCCGGGGAAUCGUGGCGUUACCCUACAUCAAAGGGGACAUUAAGGGGUCCAAAGCAAUGGCCGAAUGGAGUACAUGGAUGUGUUGCGGCACCGCAUGGGCUUGGGGAAUUCAAUGAAGAAGCCAUCAAUACCCUUGUGGCACGUAAUAAAAAUUCAGCUCCUUCUAACUUUCCUUUUUCUAUAGAUAUAUCCAUGGAGCACUUCUAUAAAGUAUUGGUGCUUUAAUGUACAAUUUAAAGUUGUACCAUAACGUUAAAUGUAUAAGUUCAGUUUGUACCAUAAAGCAUUUUGUAUCAUUAUGUUAUGGUACAACUUCACAACUUAAAGUUGUACCAUCACAUAACGGUACAAGUUCAAGUUGUACCAUAAAAGAAUUUGUACAAAAAGUAUAGGUACAAUAUGAAGUUGUACCAUAAUGUUGAAGGUAUAAUUUCAAGUUGUACCAUAAAGGCAAAAACCUAUAGCAUUGUAAAAUUCCUCCUAUCUUUGCACCCAUAUGUUUUGAUUGAGCUGGUGGUACGUGAGGAUGAAGGAAUACAGGAGGAGUGGCUUUUGGAGGAUUGGUAUAUUGCUUGGUCAGGAAGCAUCAUGUGUUUCGAUCCGAGUGGGAAUGAUUUGGGUCGAAUUGAAGUUGUUAACAUUGGAGGAUUGGAUUUGGUGUUGAAGCUGAAUUGGAAAUAUCGAAAGCGUAGCUCUGUCAAUUAAUCAGGCCAAACAUGAAUUAAUAAAUAAGAACACAAGAGUUUUUUUAACGUGGUAUCGUCAAGGUGACACUAAUCCACGGAGAGGAUCUCCCUCUCAGGUUUUUUGUAUUAUUAUUAACGGAUUGAAUGCUAUAGUUCUCAACACUUUACAAUGUUUAUAGGGCAACAUAACUUAACCCUCAAGGUCUCCGUGUCCUUGUGGUACACGGUAAUCUGGCCAAAUCUUGCUCCACAAUUAACACCCUCACUCAAAUUGUGGUACACGGUGCGGAACAUCAGUUUGGAAGAGAGAUACCAAUGUCUACUUGAGCUCAAAGCCUUGGUCAACACAUAUGCAGUUUGAUCCUCCUUCGGCAAAUACACAAGUUGUACAACUCCCUCGGCAACCAGUUGUCGUAUGUAAUGAACAUGUACCUCAAUGUGCUUUGUUGUUUCAUAUAAAACUCGGGUUGAUCGCAAUUUGUAGUGCACUAGUAUUAAUUAUCUCCAUAGAUCCUCAUUGGCAUAUGACAAUCUAUUCCCAAUUCUUGCACCAUACGUUCAACCAAACCAAUUCUGACCCUGUUUCUGACAUAGAUCGAUACUCCGCUUUAGUUGACACUUUAUCAUGUUAUCUGCACCUCCAUGACACAAAAGACUGACCAAAACAUAUGCACCAGCCUGAAGUUGACCGUCUAGCAUCUUGACACCCUGCAUAAUCGGCAUCAGCAAAGGCCUCUAUAACAUGCUCCCCUUUUGAAGAAAAUAACAAGCCAACAUCAAUAGUACGCUUCAAUUAGUGAAGCAAUCUAUGAACAACAUCUAAGUGUGGCGCUCGAGCAACGCCCAUGAACUUACUGAGGAUCUGAAUUGUAUAAGAAAUAUUUGCUCGAUUGUGAGUCGGAUAUAUUAAGCUCCCUACUACGCUUCGAUACAUCGUAUGAUCUUCAAGUAGUUCACCAUCCUCUCGACUAAGUUUUAGGUUCUGCUCCAUGGGUGUGGCACAAGGUUUGCAAUCAUUAUACUGAGCUGAGACCAAAAGAUCUUCGACAUACUUUUUCUGACUCACAAACAAACCCGACACUGAUCGCUGUACUUCAAGUCCCAAGAAAUAAGAAACAUCGCCAAGAUCUUUGAGAUUAAAAGCACUAUGCAAUGAUUUCUUGAGCUCCUGAAUACCAUCAUAAUCACUGUCACUAAUCACCAUAUCAUCAAUGUAGAGAAGUAACACCACAACUCCAUUCACUGUCCGUCGAAUUAAAAGAGACGGAUCAUUGUCACUUUGAGAGAAACUUGCUUGUAUAAUGGUACCAUGAAACUUCUCAAACAAAGCUCGAGGUGCUUGUUUGAGACCAUAUAAUGAUCCGACUGGACACUCUAUAUAAAUGUCUUCCUUAAAAUCUCCAUGUAAGAAGGCAUUUUUUACAUCAAGCUGAUGAUAUGAUCCCAAAUUGGCCCUCAAUCAAGCUGGAAUUGAUUGAUCAAGAAGAUAAGCAAAGUACAUUAAAGAACACUGAAUUUU